UGGGUCAACUGGGUCGUGUUGAAUGAGUGGCUGACGUACCAUCUCGAGCGAUGGCGCACGAGUUAUAAGAUGUAUACGACAGUUGCGCUACAGACGACGAGUUGGACGAUGUUGGGGGUCUCGGCGAAGGAGUUUUUGUGUUUUGGCGGCAGGAGCUGGAGUAGGUUUUUUAGGUGGAUUGCUAUGUUUUGCUUCUUCAUUUCGACGCUCUAUGUGCUGGCUUUUCCGACGCUCAUGGCUGCUAUGACGGGUUAUAUCACGACUUAUGAGCCAUACAUGGAGGACUACGAUCGGAAUUUGAUUGAGUGGAAUCAAGUUGAAGAGGUUGCGGCCAUUUUCCAGGAUGCAAAUAGACUGGGACUCGGAUUCGAGAAGCCUCUUCUACUUGUACCGGCAGAUGAAGAGUUGUAUCAUGCCUGGCAAGAUUACCUCGAAACUGCAAACCUUGCAGACAAUCAGACCAGGAAGGCAGACGGCAGCAUAGACAUGAUCGUCGAUUCGCCCACAACAUGGAAGAUGGGCAACCAGACUAUAGAACUGCCGGCACCGAGCCUGAACGUGACAUCGCCAGUACGCGGCACACUUUUGCAAAAUCUCGUCGAUCCUGUGCAGCGAUAUUUUGCCAUCGGCGGCCGCCAAGGUACCCUCUACAACUCUUCCUAUGUCAGAACCCACAGCUCCUGCAAACCGAGCGAAACCUACCAAUGGGGAUUUUCUUACAUCUUUCUAUUCAUGGUUUCUAUUUUCAACUUCAUCUGGUCUGUCAUAAUGGUAUGUAUGUGGCUGGAUACACGGCGCGCAUCGCGAAUGUACAAGAGUGGGAGAAGACCUGGUCUGCUGAGGAGUGUCUUGGAUCUGUCUGCUGCUAUGCGAGAGGAAUUGGGUGCGGAAGCCGAAUACAUGGAAGAAGACGAGCUGCGGGAACGCUUGACGGAUAGCGGAGGAGCAAUGUGCGUACCGCAGGACGAAUUGAGAGUGCGGCGUGUUGCGGCUGAGGACUACAAGAUCAGGAAAAGAACAUGGACAGGGACUUUGACUAGAGGGAGCACUUUCUGAUAGGCGUUGUUGUGUAUAGCACCGAUGAUUCAUGAGUUCCAUAGACGCGAUCCACUGUAUGAUAAGGUAAAUGAUCACAUC